ACAUUUCCGUCAUUUUCCCUUAUCCUAUCUAUUUUGUUCCAAUGUGAAAAUUCUUCGUAUGUUUCAUUUUCUCUGCUCACAACUCGACAUGGAUAUGGUUCAUUUGCUGUAGCGCGUAAUUGAAACCCCAAAUGGGAUUAAUAGUGUGUGUGAAACCCACACACCCUCCUCUAAAUUCGAAAUGGAAGUUUUGUACAGUCGACAAAAUCAAUGGAUUCCCGUCAAGUUUCAGUAGAAAGUGUAAUGGGUUUCCAUUGCAGAGCAGAAUUUUGGCUUCUUUACCUCCACAAUGCGGGAAAAGACUUCAAUUUAGCCUGGGAUCAUUUAACAUUCCUGUGGAAAGCAUUUUAAUGGCGAGUUCAUUGACAGUCUUCAUGCCAUUGGAAGCUUUGGCGGAAACAUGUGAAGCUGAAUAUCCUUCCGUCUUCAAUAUGAAUAUGCCUUUACUCUUUGCCAUAGCCCUCAUCGGAGCUACUGUUGGAGGAUUGCUUGCUCGGCAGAGAAGAGGAGAACUGGAGCGCUUGAAUGAUCAGCUUCGCCAAAUUAAUGCAGCUCUAAGAAGGCAGGCUAAGAUAGAGUCAUAUGCACCCAACUUGAGCUAUGCCCCAGUUGGACGAGUAGCUGAAAAAGAAGUGAUCGUGGACCCAAGGAAGGAGAGGCUUGUAACAAAUCUGAAGACAGGCAAGAAUUUUCUCAGAAAUCAGGAUCCAGAAAAGGCAUAUGCAGAGUUCAAGGCAGCUCUUGAGCUUGCUCAAGGCCUGGGUGAUCCAAUUGAGGAGAAGAAGGCAGCUCGAGGACUAGGAGCAUCUCUACAAAGACAAGGAAAGUAUCGGGAAGCCAUCAAGUAUCACUCCAUGGUACUGGCCAUUUCAGAGAGAGAAGGAGAGGUCUCAGGCAACACUGAAGCCUAUGGGGCAAUAGCUGACUGUUAUACUGAACUCGGUGAUCUGGAAAAAGCUGCAAAAUUCUAUGACAAGUACAUAGCUAGGUUAGAAACAGACUGACAGCAGUUUCUGAAGAUUCCUAUUAAUCAUUUUCUCUUUUUUAAGGCUUUGGAUUUGUGCUGGAGACUUCACUGAUAGUCAAUCUCAGCAACCAUUUAAAGUAGAGUUCCCUUUUUGGGUUACCCCAAUUUUCAAAUUUCAACCAUUGUAGCGUUUCACAUAUAUGCAUUUUUUAAGGAAGCUUGUUUGUGCCUCUUGGAAACAA